AUGUUAUUUGAGCAGGGUCAGGAGGCCCUGGAACUUCCUCAGUGCACCAUGCAGAAGGCUGCAUACUAUGAGAACCCAGGACUCUUUGGAGGUUACGGGUACAGCAAAGGCACGGAGGCAUAUGGCUACAGCACUCCUCACCAGCCCUACCCACCCCCUGCAGCUGCCAACUCCCUGGACAGUGACUACCCAGGUUCUGCCUGCUCCAUCCAGAGUUCUGCACCUCUCCGAGCCCCAGGCCAUAAAGGAGCUGAACUUAAUGGUAGCUGCAUGCGACCUGGCACUGGGAACAGCCAGGGUGGGGCUGGUGGCAACCAGCCUCCUGGGCUGAACUCUGAGCAGCAACCACCACAGCCCCCUCCUCCACCACCCACCUUGCCCCCCUCCUCGCCCACCAACCCUGGAGGUGGAGUACCUGCCAAGAAGACCAAAGGUGGACCUAAUGCUUCCAGCUCUUCUGCCACCAUCAGCAAGCAGAUCUUCCCCUGGAUGAAAGAAUCCCGGCAGAACUCAAAGCAGAAGAACAGCUGUGCCACUUCAGGAGAGAACUGCGAGGAUAAGAGCCCGCCGGGCCCAGCAUCCAAGCGGGUGCGCACGGCGUACACGAGCGCUCAGUUGGUGGAGCUGGAGAAGGAGUUCCACUUCAACCGCUACCUGUGCCGGCCACGCCGCGUGGAGAUGGCCAACCUGCUGAACCUCACCGAGCGCCAGAUCAAGAUCUGGUUCCAGAACCGUCGCAUGAAAUACAAGAAGGACCAGAAGGCCAAGGGCAUUCUGCAUUCUCCGGCGGGCCAGUCCCCAGAGCGCAGCCCACCUCUUGGAGGAGCGGCGGGCCACGUGGCCUACUCCGGCCAGCUGCCUCCCGUGCCCGGCCUGGCCUACGACGCACCCUCGCCUCCCGCUUUCGCCAAAUCGCAGCCCAACAUGUACGGCCUGGCAGCCUACACGGCGCCGCUCAGCAGCUGCCUGCCGCAGCAGAAGCGCUACGCGGCGCCCGAGUUCGAGCCCCACCCCAUGGCGAGCAACGGCGGCGGCUUCGCCAGCGCCAACCUGCAGGGCAGCCCGGUGUACGUGGGUGGCAACUUCGUCGACUCCAUGGCGCCCGCAUCCGGGCCGGUCUUCAAUCUGGGCCACCUCUCACACCCGUCUUCGGCCAGCGUGGACUACAGCUGCGCCGCGCAAAUCCCUGGCAACCACCACCACGGACCGUGUGACCCUCAUCCCACCUACACAGAUCUCUCGGCUCACCACUCGUCUCAGGGACGCCUGCCCGAGGCCCCCAAACUGACACAUCUGUAG